CUCAUGGAGCUUUAUUUGGAUGGUGUCGACAUUUCAACUUAAAGUACUAAAUGGUGUGAAACCACAUCUCUUGUACUUCCAAACCUGCAUGUGUUGAGUCUGUCAAGCUGUGGUUUGAAAGGUCCAUUAUGUUCUUCACUCUCAAGACUCUCCUUUCUUUCCAAACUUAUCCUUGAUUGGAACCCAAUCUCUUAUUUACCUCCCAAUUUCUUGGAAAUUUCCUCUCGUUUGGUUUCUCUCAGUUUGAGGAACUGCAAUUUGAGUGGCCAUUUUCCAACCGAAAUUCUCUUAUUGCCAAAAAUUCAAAGCAUUGACAUUUCAUUUAAUCCUCAACUUAUGGGUCAGUUGCCAGAAUUUCCAGCAAACAAUGCUUUACAGAGUUUGUCACUUUAUGACACAAAUUUCAGUGGAAAACUACCUGAAUCGAUUGGUAAUCUUAAGUUCCUGACAAAUUUAGAGCUUUCUUAUUGCAAUUUUUUUGGACCCAUUCCAUCGUCAAUUGCAAAUCUUAGUCACCUGGUGAACUUGGAUCUAAGUUCAAACAAGCUUUCUGGAUCAAUACAUUCUUCUUUAUUUACUCUUCCAUCGUUGAGGAUCUUGUAUCUUGGAGAAAAUCAAUUGGUUGGGAAAAUUGAUGAGUUCCCCAAUGUAUCUUCUUCUUUGAUUCAAGAAUUAUAUAUAGGCAAUAAUUAUUUAAAAGGAACAAUCCCAAAGUCAAUCCUUCUACUUCCAAGGCUUGAAUGGCUUUAUAUCGAAAGCAAUAACUUCAGUUCCAUGAAGCUUGACAUGUUUGUCCAACUUAAGAACUUAAAGGGUCUCGAAUUAUCCAACGUAAGCUUGUUAAUUGAAAGCGACAACAGAAGUCUUACUUUUCCCCAAUUAGAGAGCCUAAGGCUAAGGUCAUGCAACCUUACUGAAUUUCCAGAAUUCAUUAAAAGGCAAGACAAGUUGUUUGACUUAGAUCUUUCUAACAAUCAUAUCCAUGGUGUUGUGCCUAAUUGGUUGUGGAAGAGCAGUCUUUCAUCCUUACACCUUUCUUUCAAUGUGAUUGAUUUUCCAAAACAGCUUCCCUUAAAUGAUGCAAACUUCUCAUUUCCAAUGUUGACAGAAUUGUAUUUGAGAUCCUGUAACAUAAGUGCGUUUUUAGAGUUCUUAAAGAGUCAAGAAAAUUUAGAAGAACUCGACCUUUCAAAUAAUAAAAUAAGUGGUGCAAUACCAAACCGGGUGUGGAAGAAAAGUUUGCGGUAUCUGUUUCUUGCUAAUAACCAUCUCUCAUCUUUGGACCAACUUUUACCCAAUCAGAGUUCAACUUCUUCACAAACCUCCUUGACUAGACCUAUUUGCAAUUUGAGUCAACUUAGAAAUUUCAAUGCAUCUCAUAACAAUUUGAGCGGCACGAUUCCAAAUUGGUUAGGCAAAAUGACUGAUCUCUAUUUGUUGGAUCUGCAAGGAAAUAACUUCAGUAGAAUUGAGAAUAUAUUGGAAGGGAAGUUUCCCCGAUCAUUAGCUGAAUGCACUCAGCUUGAAGUUUUGGACGUGGGAAACAACAAGAUGAAUGAUACAUUCCCUUUUUGGUUGGAGAAAUUGCCUUACUUGACGGUUCUAAUAUUGCGGGAAAACAGAUUUUAUGGUCAAAUUAAACAUUUCAAACAUAAAUCUGUUUUCCCAACUUUGGAUGUAUUGGACAUUGCUUCAAACCAGUUUUCUGGUGAACUAUCCAUUGAUUUCCUUCAACCCACUCGACUAAGGUCACUCAAAAUAGGUGGGAAUAAAUUAGAAGGGAAGUUGUCGAGAUCAUUAGCCAAUUGUAAAGCACUUGAGGUUCUGGACCUUGGAAAUAAUAUGGUUCAUGAUACAUUCCCAUUUUGGUUAGAGAAGCUGCCUUCCUUGAAGGUUGUCAUUUUGCGAGCAAGCAGAUUCUACGGCACGAUUACAAAAUUCAACACAGAACGUGGGUUUCCAAAGCUACGCAUAUUGGACAUUGCUUCCAACAAUUUUUCAGGCGACUUGUCCAUUGAAUUUUUGCAAAGCUUGAAGGCAAUGAUGCAGUUAACAAAUGAAGACAAAGCUAAGCUGGAUUACAUUGGGGAGAAUUAUUAUCAAGAUUCAGUGACAAUUUUCAACAAAGGGAUUGAGCUGUUUUACGAGAAAAUCUUAACCACUCUUACUUGUCUUGACCUUUCCAACAAUAGUUUCCAUGGGAGAAUACCAGAAGAAAUACAAAUGCUGAGGUCACUCAAAGUGCUAAACUUGUCCUAUAAUAGCUUCUCCGGUGAAAUCCCAGUAGCAGUUCAAAACCUAAAAGAUCUGGAGUCUUUGGAUCUGUCACAGAAUGAGCUAUCAGGGAAGAUUCCUCCACAGCUUGCAACAACUUUCCUAGAGGCACUGAACUUGUCUUACAACCCACUUGAAGGGAGCAUACCGCAAGGCAACCAAUUCAGUACAUUUUCAAAUGAUUCUUAUCGUGGGAAUCCAAAAUUAUACGGUCAACCAUUGUCCAAGAAAUGCAAUGAAGACGGUCUUCCAGUGCCACCGCCUCCAGGGGAAGAGGAACAGUCAUGGUUAUAUGCUAUGUCAACUUGGAAAAUUGUUUUGAUAGGUUAUGGUAGUGGUAUGGUCGCUGGGCUAUGUAUCGGAUAUACAGUGUUGAAUGAGUUGGGAAACAAAUGGGUUGACAAGUUCAAAAAACAUGGGAAAAGAAACAGAAGAAGAUCUAGGUGAUUGUGUCGGAAUUCAUGUAUUAAAGUCAACAGGGAAAUGACCUCUGUCCUUCUAAGCUUCAAGUCAUUGCAUGUAAUUGGUGGCAAUGAAUCAUUUCAAGUAGAAAACCACGCAAAGUAUGAUAAAUUUUGUCUUUUUUGUUUGGGUUUUUGUGCUAUAUAUUUUAUCAAACACAUGAUGGGCUUUAGGCUCGGGUGUAAUGGGUAGACCUAUUGGUCCGGGUUUUAGUGCAA